ACCCGGAGACACAGGAGACCCCAGGAGACCACAGGAGACCACAGGAGACCACUAGUGUUAACUCUCUAUAGUCUCCUUAAAGUUAUAGAGUUAAAAUUAUACCAAUGAAGUUAAAUUAUAGUUAUCUAAUUUAUGAAAGACAAUGACACAGUUUAAGAGUAUUGUGUGUGAUCUGUGUGGAGAUGACCACCCAGCCUGCAACUGUCCCAUGUUGGCUCAGCUCGACCUGCCUGCAAAACAAGUCGAGGACGCUGAACCACAACUGGCCUAUCGGUCCCUGCCGUCAUGGGUGCAGGUCGAGGAUGGGCCAAAGGGGUUACAGGUGGUUUGUGUUCAUCAGAACGUGGCCAAGUUUACCAGACUGGGACCACUUAUUGCUCCACAUGUUCCUCAUCUCCACCCAGAUGCAUCCUUCCCACUAAAGAUAUGUCAUGCAGGUGGGAGCCACACAUAUUUGGAUCUAUCAAGGAAGUGGCUGUGUAACUGGCUCAGUCUCAUCCCCCCUGGCUCUUCCUCCUAUAAGAACUUGCUGGCAUGUCAAGUAGAAGAUUUGAUAUAUUAUAUAGCAGCUGAAGAAAUAGAAGCAGGGUCAGAACUACGGGUGUGGUACGCUCCAUUUUAUCAGCAGAAGGUGAAAGAAGAACUCAAGGCACUCGGCUAUGGUCAGAGCUUGGGUGGUGCUGCAGUACUCACACGUCGAGUACCACUCAGGCCGCCACAAUCUAAGGUCCCACUUGGGGGUCAACUUCACAUUAGUACUCCUUCACUUUCAAGAAUUGAGGUAGGAAGAGGCCAGGUCACCUUUACCCACAAUGCCAAGGGCAGUGAACCUGACAGUCUUUUCCUUGAACAACCAGCAGUCACUGAAAGUCCUCUCGUGGGUAAUAAAUAUCUCCCGGGUGAAGCUGGACUUGGAAGACAAAUUCAAACACCAGUCACCUCUGCUGGCUACUUACGUGAUGAUUACAUCCAGCAUAAGAAAAGAGUCGAUAGUUUGGGACAAGAUGAUUUUGGAUACAGCGCCCAGACUAACCACACAAGUACAUCACAAAGCAUAGUGUUAGUCAGUAAUAGAAACGCCUCAAGGGAACCGGAAUGUAUCGUAACUUUCACCAUAACAGCCGCCUCAGAGAAUUACGACCCUAACUCGUCUUCUGGUGAACACUAUGACAACGGUAACCUUCAGCCCGAGGAAUGUCUGAUGGGCGACAGUUCACAUGAAGAUUCCUCUCCUGACGUAGAUAGGAAAGACAUCCAAUUCCAUCCAGUAACUCAGAAGAGAAAAUCUUACAAAAUCAGAGAACCCAAAACAGAAGUAUGUGUAGCAGAUUCAGAUGUGGUCAAACAGCUUCCUCCUCGAGCCUUAGGAGCCCGUGAGCCUCGUCCGUGGUCCUGCAAAUACUGCGGAAACAACUUUACGAGUCUUCUUCCAUUCGCCAAUCAUUUAAAAGCUCACCUCCUGUGGCUAGUAGGACGGUGCCACGUGUGCCAAGAAUGCGGCAGUUCGUUCUCCAGUUCCCUACAGCUUCACCGCCACCAACAAGCGACGCACCAGCAAGGGGGUUUCCAAGCAGCGUCUCAAGCAGUAUCCGUGUGUCGAGGAGAGGGUGAGGUCUUGGUGAAGCACGAGUUAUUUAGCGACGACGAGGCUGCUGUGGACGAUCCGGGAGGGAAGGAGAGUAAAGAAGAUGUGAGGAAGAUACCUGCUCUCCCGACCAAUCAUGUAGAAGGUCCACACAGCUGCCAGAUCUGUUCCAAGCACUUCGCCAAGGCUGAGUACCUGCUACGACACCUUCGGAAGCACACUGGUGACUUCACGUGUCAAUAUUGCUUGAAGGUAUUUGCCCGAAAGGAAGGUUUACAGAAGCACACGUGUCCCAAGGGAGGGCACCAAGAGAGACUGAAAUGUUCACUGUGUAGUCGAUGUUUCCUCAACCCCAACCUCCUGGAGCAACAUUACCUCAGACAUAAGGGAAACAAAAAAUGUAUACGUUGUAAUCGUACCUUCUCCAACUUGGCCUCACUGGAGCGCCAUAUGAAGAUCUGCCCCUCUGUUGAGAUCAGCUCUUUCUUUAAGUGCAGUAUAUGUGGUAAGGAUAUGGUCAGUGAGAGAAUGUUGGAGCGACACAUGGCCAGUCACAGCAGACAAUACCAGUGUGAGCUGUGUGGUAAACCUUACAGCAACAGCACCAACCUGGCACAGCAUGUACCACUCUGUCGGCAGAGUCGUCAGGUUGCCUCUAUUGGCCACGUUGCUUGUGAAGACUGUGGGGAGGAAUUUACCGAUGCCUCCGCUUUCCGUGCUCACUACCACACCCACACACACCCCUUCCACUGUUCCUGCUGUAAUCACCGGUUCCGGACUCGUGUUGGUUAUGAGGUUCACGUUUGUGAGAUUGAGCAACAUUGUGAUCAAUGCAGCAGCGUCUUUCGUUCAGUACAGGCACUGAACCGUCACUAUGCAGUGCACGGCCCUCCACCACACACCUGUGUAUCCUGCAGGAGAUCCUUCUUCAGGAAGGAGAGUUUAGACCGACAUGUAUGCAGUUUUGAGGCAGACAUAAAAGACGUCCCAAAGCAGAAAGAAACGAGCAGGUUUACCUGUAAUGUGUGCGGUGCAGCGCUGGCCACUAAACACAGCCUCAACACUCACAUGCGGUCAGCUCACGGUGGAUCAGCUGCUCGAGAACUACAUUGUGAGAUAUGUGGUAAACAGUUUCACCGGAAGGAUCUACUUGGUGAGCACCAGGCGGUACACGCUCCUCCGUCCUUCCCUUGUCCCACCUGUAAGAAAUUGUUUAAAACACGGAAGUCAUUGGAGGUUCACUCGCUCCUUCACCUGGGCAUCAAGAGAUUCGCCUGCAAAUAUUGCAAUAAAAAAUUCCAUCAAAAGGUGAAUCUGUCCCGACAUGAACGCAGCCACAUGCCCAGAGGAGCUGUGAAGUGCCAAUACUGUGGCACUCACUGCCUCUCAACCAAUGACCUGAAGGCCCACCUCCUGUCUCACACAGUGUUCCAGUCUGAGGUAAAGCAACAGGACAACCAGGCUGACUUUGAUACAGGGAAAGAAGCAACCCACGAUGAAGGUCUUUCCACGUACCAGAACGCUGCAGAAACCAGCGAUGGAUUAGACCAGAAACUUGAUCCUGAGUUUAGGCCACAUAAUGGUGUGGGACCACAGCUGAAAAUUACACGGAGAACCAAAGAUGGAUUACAGACAGAGGAACGGACAUUUUCUGGACCAAACAGUGUAAUAGAAGUGGAGCAAAGUCUUGGCUCAACAUCAAAGAGAGUAAAGUUAACAAUGAAAGGAAAAACAGGAAUAAAGAAUAACGGACAAAAGGUGAGUUCUGGGUUUAGGACAGGAUUAGUACAUGGUGUUGCACCUGCAAUUGUCUCAGAUAUAAACAUGCAGCCGUCUGUGUCAAAUUCAGGUAUUCACAAUCACUCAACAGUUUUCAUCCCUCCUAGAAUACCAAACUCAUGUUUAUCUAGUAAUGAACAAUCGCUGAACAGUAGUUACUUGGUACCCGGUGAACCUGAAACAAUACCAUCAAAUUCCUCGGGUCUUUGUAACUCUGGUGUAUUUCCAGAAACAAGUAAUUCAUUAAAUUCAGGGGUAUGUAACUUACCUUCAAAUGUAAUGCUUGAAACUGCUCCCAUAGCCAGUGUCAGUGAUGCAACUCAUUCUUAUAACCUAAACAGUGAUGAAAAUUGCCAUGUGUCUAUGGGGAGGAACCAGAGUGACCUGGAACAAAUGAACAACAGUCAAAACAAGGACUUGACUCUUGGAUCAUGCCCAGCAAUGGUUGAACAAGUAUGUCUGUAUGAGUCCAAUUCUAAUAAUGUCUCUGUGACAACUGCCACUACACAAGCACUUGACUGCCAUGUUCUUAGCAAUGAACAGAUUGUUGAGAGUGUUGUGUUAAUGACUGACCCGCCCCAUACGUCUUGUUAAAGUUUGUAAUGUCAGAUUUUUUUAAUAUAAUCUUGAAAACCUUUUUCCACUACGAUGCAGAGUGACCAAUUAAUAUAUGAAAUAUAAUUUAUAUUAAAUUAU